ACUGGUUCAUUGCUUAGUUUACACUUUUUGCUUGACAUAAUAGACCUAGAUGCAAUGGGCGGGAAAGCUUGGGGAGCAGCGGCAUUAUCAUACUUGUACAAUUGUCUAUGUCGUGCUUCGAUGGGUAAUAGCCAUGAUAUUUGUGGAUUUAUUUCUUUGUUACAGGUUUGGGCUUGGGAUCGACUAAUCCCGAUGCAACCAUUACUUCGUCCUCUAAGAGUAAACGAACGAGAUAUGGUAUUUGCGCAGAAGUGGAUUCGUCGUGGAGUUCGUGAAAGCGAGGCAAGAGUUGUGCUAGUAGUUUGUAGGGAUGUUUUAGACAACCUAACUGAUGAUCAGGUAUUUUUCUUUUUAAAUUUUUUUGAUAAGAAAUGUGAAAAAUAUAACAACAAUAGAGUUUUUGUAGAUUUUGUUCAUUUUUUGCUAACUCGUACUGUGAUAAUGGGUUGAUUUUGUUUUAAUUUGUUAUAGCUAAUUUGCUACAACUUGCUACUGGUUCUGAUAUUUUUUAUGAGCUUUUCUUUUCUUAGCACAAUUAGUAUUUUGUCUAGGUUUGUUUUAAUGGCUAGAAGGUUAGUAAACCAUAUUAUUUUGUUUUUAUUUCCAUCAAAAUCCAUUAUGGAAAUUUCAAGUUAGCCUGUUGUUGUUAUGCUUUGGAACUGA